AUGGCGACCCAAGCCAGGCAGAGGAACGCUGCAGGCUCUUUAGAAGAGUCCACACAGAGAUUGCGCAUUAAAGAGUCUCUUCAUGCAAAUGAGAGCCCUUCUUCUCCAAUCGACGAGGACGAUGAGGAUGGAAGCGAAUAUAAUCAUGAAAAGGACGAAUUCUCGGAUGAUGGAGGAGGAGGAGCUGAGACUCCAGUCACUCCCUUUUCCCCCGGACGAAAGAAGUUUCCUUCAGAAUACAAGACAAUUCCAUGCACUUUUCCAGGAUGCACCAAGACGUUUAAUCGCCCAGCGAGAAUGAAAGGGCAUCUAGUAACACAUACCAAUGAACGCCCAUUCCCGUGCCCUUAUGAUGGUUGCGAUAAAACCUACAUCGAGGACAAGCAUCUGCAGCAGCACAUUAAAGGCACGCACACUCAAGAGCGCAAAUGGAUCUGUGAUUGGGAGGGAUGCAACAAGAGUUUUUUGACUGGCACAAGACUCCGAAGACAUAAAGAAGCUCAUGAGGGCCACGAACGGUUCAGAUGUACAGGCUAUCCAUCCUGCAACAAGACAUUCCGCAAGCAUCAAACACUCCAACGCCAUAUCCGCUCCGACCACCUUGAACUCGCCCCAUUUCCAUGCACAUACAUCGAUCCGAUCACCAAAGAGCUCUGCAAUGCUGGAUUCGACGGUGCGGUCGGUCUACGCAAGCAUGUAGAGCGAGUCCACUCUGAUCCCCAAUUCGUCUGCCCCUCUUGCACAAUCCCCAAUUCCUUCAACCUGGAUGGCACCCUCAAGUUCCUAGCCUUUACGACCGAUUCUCAAUUACAAAGCCACAUCCGUAAAGAGCAUUCAGACUGCAUGUUCUGUGACAAAAAGUGCUCCAGUCAACGCGAAUUGCAAAAGCACAUCGAGAGCCAACAUUCAGGAAAGACUCUUGACGAACGCAAGACAAUUCCUUGCACGUAUUUCGAUUGCGGCAAGACGUUUACCAAGAAGUCCAAUCUCGCUGUGCACAUCCGCACCGUCCAUAACGGCGAGCGCUUCAUCUGCGGCUCUUUCGAUGUUUCCUCCAAUAUAACCCUAGAAGCGUUUGACCCACUAGAACACGCAUGCGGAAAAGACUUCACCUCGAAAGCGAGUCUUGAAGACCAUAUCCGAACGGGACAUCUCGGUCUCCCAAGUCUCAUCAAUUCUAAACGCAAGAAGCCCACAGAAACGGAGAUGGAUUUUGAUAUGGAUUUCAUCGAUGACGAAGACGACGAUUUUGCUCCCAAGAAGAAGAAACGUAAAGCGAGAAGGCAAAAGCCUAAUGUUAUUGAUGAGCAAUAUGAUCGUGAGGUUCAUUUGCGAGCUGCCCAUCCGGUUUUAACUGAAGCUGCGAGGUUUGAUUCUCCAUUUGAUUUCCAACCUUCAGGCUCUUUCUUCCAAGACGGGGGUGGAAAUGGGGGUGAAGGUGGAGGAAUGGGUAUCGGUAUUGGUACAAUGACAGUACAGGCUGAUAUCGAUUGGGAAUUACAACGGCAGGCCUUAGACGGUGGUGCGUUCUGGGUUGGUGCUGGGGAGUCUAUAGUGCCGAAUGGGGAUAGCUGGACGAUGGAAGAGGAGGAGAUGAGGCGGUUGAUCGAUCCGGAUUUAUUCAGUUUGUGA